AUGCGGAAUAAAAGAUCUAUAGGGUUAGCUGUUAUACUUCUCAUCUUAAGUCUAUGGUUAUUGCAAAGCCGGUUCGACGUCUAUUCGCAGUUACACAAUGGCCCGAACUUCCGCAUCAUCAAACAAUCUCCCCGGGAGACAGCAGCGAACGCCACAUUAGGAUUCCAAAAACUAGUAGCGCUUUCGAAUAAACCGAGUUGGAGAACCCGAGGCCUUGAAGCAGCUGCUAAACUCACCGACUUGGAGUUUACAAUUCCACCCCAGGGGCAGAAUUCCGACGAGCUAGUCGAAGCUUUCCGGAAACUCGGUGCAGAUAAGAAGGGUGCCAAGCUGCCAGCGCCCGGCUCGGCCAAAGCUUGGCUUGCGCAUCUUGAUCUACUCAAAUAUGUGAUAGCAUCAGGCUUCGAAACUGCGUUUAUCGUAGAAGAUGACGUCGACUGGGAUGUUCGGAUCAAGGCGGAAAUGAGACUCGUGUCCGAUAAUGUUCGCGCCUACACGGGUGUUGCCGAAGACGAUCCUACGCCCUUUGGGACCGACUGGGAUGUCCUGUGGCUUGGCCACUGCGGCUCAAGCAUCACAGACGACUUGCCCCCGCCUCGCGUUUUCGCGGAUGACACCCGCUGCGAGACUCCACUAUACUCGGGGUGGUCAAAGCGCUUUUUAAGGGACAAGCUGACUGAGGGCCAUCGUCAAGUCCAAGCAGCCCACAUGACUGUCUGCACUUUCGGAUUCGGCGUGACAAAGCAAGGUGCGCAGAAAAUGGUGCCUCUUUUAUCGCGGGGCAGCAACGAAGCAUUUGACGUUGCGCUGUCUGGAUAUUGUAAGAACGAGAAACUGAAGUGUAUUGUUGUCAACCCACAAUUAUUCAACCAUUACGAACCUCCGGCCGACUUGGGAUAUGUUAGUGACGUCCAUGUUGGAGAUGGGCAUAGCGAAGGGAGUGACGAUUCGAGCUUUGAGCAUACUAAAGGAACGACAGGGAACAUUAUGAAGAGCGCUCGAUGCGAAGCGUUAUUCCACGACGUGUGCAUGAGGCCUCCUUCAGAGAUAUGA